GCGCUGUUGAGGAGGAUGCGGCGGCGGUGCGUGCUGGGUGCCGGUGGCGAGGAGCCGGAAUGUGACAUCCAAGAGAAGAUUAACUUUGAAAUCCGCAUGCGAGAAGGCAUCUGUAAACUACUUGCAGUGAGCACACAAAAAGACCAACUCUUGCAAGCGGUUAAAAACCUGAUGGUUUGCAAUGCUCGUAUACUUGCAUACAGGACAGAGCUACAGAACCAAAAAGAAGAGCUGAUCUCGUGCAGAACCGAAGAACGAUCUUCAGAAAAUGGGACAAAAGACCGUGUGGCAUGCAGAGCAAAGGUUGCUAUAUCAGAUAUUCGAAUACCAUUAAUGUGGAAAGGCUCUGAUCACUUCAGCAAUAAAGAAAAAUCACAGCGCUAUGCAGUUUUUUGUUUGUUCAGAAUGGGAGCUGAGGUUUUUGAUACAGAGGUGGCCAUUGUGGAUAAAGCAAUAACAGAUAUCUGUUUUGAUGAAAAUGUAACCAUAUUUGAUGAAGCAAGACCAGAUUUCCAGGUGAAGGUUGAAGUGUAUAGUUGCUGUAUAGAGGAGUCUUUAUAUGUAACAAGCACUCCUAAGAAACUAGCAAAGAAGCUUAAAACAUCCCUCAGCAAAGCAACAGGGAAGAAACUCAAAGCUGCACUGGAAGAAGACAGCACUGAAUACCUUUUGCCCGCUGACCUGGUCAUCCAUGGAGCAAAGUACGGUUUGCUAGCAUAUACUACUUUGGGGCUGGGGAGUGCUGAGGACAAUUUCAGGACACACAACCUUACCAUUACAGGAAAUGAGGAAUCCUCUUUUUGGCUCCCCCUGUAUGGAAACAUGUGUUGCCGUUUAGUUGCUCAGCCUUCCUGCAUGGCUAGGGAUAUGAUGGCAGGAUUUCUUAAUCAGCAGCAAAUGAUAGGAAGUCUAACUAGCUGGAGGAGGCUGUAUUGUGUACUAAGAGGUGGCAAGCUCUUUUGUUAUUACUCACCAGAAGAAAUUGAGGCUAAACUGGAGCCAGCAUUGACAGUUUCCAUCCACAAGGAAACCAGAAUUCGAGCUGUGGAUAAGGACUCCAAGAGAAGAACUAAUAACUUCUCUGUUAUCAACCUCGUGUCUGGAGAGGCUGUGACUCAACUUUUUGCUACUGACAGUAGGGACGAACUUCAUAAGUGGAUGGAGGCUUUCUGGCAGCACUUCUAUGAUCUGAGCCAGUGGAAACAUUGUUGUGAAGAACUUAUGAAAAUUGAGAUUAUGUCACCACGGAAACCACCUUUGUUCUUGACAAAAGAAGCGACCUCUGUCUACCAUGAUAUGAGCAUUGAUUCUCCAGUGAAACAUGAGGACUUAGCUGAUAUCAUACAAAGAAAAAUCAAAGAGAGUGAUGGCAAGUUCCUGCUUGGCCAGCAAAAAGAGUCUGCAUCUUCCCUAUGGGCUUCAUUAUUUGAUGGGUCUCAUGAGAUGGUUGUUCAGAAGAACAUACAUCUGGGCCCAAAAAGAGAUACUACAAGUCCUAAUGGCAGCAGAGGAAAGAAAAGAAGAGCUCCACCUCCACCCUCCAAUAAGUCACCCUACAGUACAAAAGCACAGGUGAACACAGAGCAAUUGGGCAAGGAAAACUGGGAGAAGUCUGACCACACAUCUGCUAGUAGUUCUUCCUUUGAUUCAGUGUUAUCUACAAAAAUGCAGCAGUUGCAGACACCCAUUGCUGCUCCUCGCAAAAUUGGUCCUUAUAGAAAAAGCAGUUCAGCGGGCCACGGGAAUCCCAUUUCAUUGGUUAACAAGACCGAGUCUGAAACCAAACUGGUACCAACCCCUAGACAGAAAUGCAUCACAGAAAUGCUAGACCCUAGAUCAUGGUUGCAGCUAUACACAUCAUAAUUAACUUAGAGCCAUCCCUGGAAUUUUAAGUUUCUCAGUCUUCUACUAUAACUCUUGAGUAAAAAUAGAUUUUAGUAUAUAGCUUGUAAGUAUUGAGGCUAAAGUUUUAUUUUCCUUUAGCCAGGGCAUUACUACUAGCUGCAGUCUCAGCUGUGUAUUCGUUAUCGCUAACAUCUAAAUAAUUGUACUAGUAACAGGGAGAGUUAUCUCUAUCUGAAAUAACGGCGCUACUUCUGAAAAGAGCGGUUCAGUACUUUCCCCUUGAAAAACCAGGAGGGUUCAGGGUAACUCAGUGUCCCUGCAGCAGGGAUGUUACCAUUGCCUUCUAUCAGUCCCUCAGCUUAGCCCAUCUGCAGCUUCUCAGACUAUUUCAAGUGGGAUUUUCACACACAUUCAGCACAGAUCUUGCGAAGCUGAUUUUCUUGGGCUCCAUGCUUUGCUUCACCUAAAAUAUUCUUAUCUCUCCCUCACUGUUUGGGAACCACUGCUUAUAAGAUAAUGUACUAUGAAAAGUUAUUGUGCUCUCCUGAACAGCUCUAUAACUCCAUAUGAAUUUCAGAAGUAGUACUAUCAAUUUAGUGUGGGAUCUCCUAAGUUCCUACGGGUGCAUGUGCUGUCCGAAUGGACCAGGAUUAUCUGUGUAUGAACAAGAAUGUGAUCCAUCACUGCUGCUUAUUUCAGACUAACACGAACUUUUAAAAGCAGUACUCUGUAUGAACACCUAUUCAGGAUUUCAUUUUUAUGGUUGUUUUUUUCUGACAAGUGGGGUUCUGUAGCAUAGCUUCUCCUUUACGGAGCUUCUCAGCUGUUCCUGGUAGGUAGCUGCGUUGUAAACGCGGCAGUGUUACUGGUAAACAAAUAGGGUUUUUUUUCACCACUCAUUCUUUCUGAAAUUGCAAAGAAUAAGUACUUCAGGUGAAAAUAUUGAACUUUGACAUUCUUCCGUCAGGCUGUUCACCAUUUUUGUAAGAAGCGUGGGUUGUUAGGGUUCCUGUGGCACCUGCAAAACAUUUAUUGCAUAUGGAAAAUAUUCUGUUCUCCUGGAUCCACAGCUUAAAUAUCCAAGAGCAAAGGUCUGCUUGCAGAUCUCCCUCUAGAGCCUUGGUAUUCAGACCUGUGUUGAGAGAGUCAUAUCAGCAACUGUAUACAUACAGUUCAUUGAUUUUUCUUUUUUUUUUCCUAAAGUGCGGAUGGCUUUGGGAGCUUUACCAUUUCUCCAGAAGACACUGUGUGCAUGGCUGAUUUGUUUGUUUUAUCUGUUUUUUGUCUUCUGCUAAGCUCUUGGCUGCACAGCUGUAAAGGUAUCUGCUGAAUUCCCUCAGUAGUUCAUUGGCUGUUUGGGAUGGGGCUUGAGAGGCAGGUUUCCUUUACAAAUCCUUUCGCAGGAUUAGAGCCCUUCGCUUCUAGAAUGUCCUUGUUCAUUCUUCAUUUAAUCACAUUCCAUUUUCCCUCUGAAACAACCAUAAUCAUUCUUACAAUAAAUCAUGCUGUUACUUAAGUGGAUGGUUUGUGAAUGGUUUAUAAAUAGGAACAGAAAAACUGAAGAACAACUACAUGAUUAUGUAAAUCAGACACAGUUGACUAAGUGGACUAUGCAACUCUGAACAAGAAAUAGGAAAAAUAAACAGGGGCGGGGAGGGGGGGAAGCAUAUUUUCCAAAGUGCAGCUGCAGUUUAUUUAGCUUUAAAUCUAGCCUUCAAUGUUACUGUGCUCUGGAAAGAAAGAAUACCUUUUUCUUGGUAACCCCCUUCCAUUUCAUUGUUAUUUAUAAGCUUUAUUUUGAAAUAUAUAUAAGGCAAGAAGGCACCAUAAUGAGGAUUUAUUUUUAAAUUCAACAGGCCAUUGAAUUUCAACGAGCAGUUUCACUAUUAAAUUCAGUGGCUUUGUUUUGAACUGAACAUACAUAUUUUAGGAAGGCAUUUAAUAUUAAUUUAAAGUCUUCAAGUGAUGAGAAUUCACUCAUACCUCCUGUUGCAAUAGUUAAUUACGCCAGGUACAUUUUUCACUUGAUUUUCUAUUUGCAUUUCUAGCUCCACCUUAAGUUAUUUUGGUCUUUUUAUGCAUUUGAUUGCUUAUAUUGAUCUCUGUAGUAUCAGCUUUUCUAAUUGCUUGUGUGUAGUUAUAAAUCAUGAUUAUGUCCCUUUUAACCUUUUCUCUGAUGAGAUGUACUGAAUUCCUUAACUUUCUUAUGGCAAUGAAUGAUAUCAAAGACUAAUUAAUCUUCAUGUUCUUCUCUGUGCUUCUCAUGUAUUGAAAUAUUUUUAAGUGUGACAUCUGAAUUAGAUGCCACAUGUCAAUAGUGAUCCAUUAGGACUCUAUAGAGACAUAACAUGAUCCUCUUACUCUGAUUAAUAUCUUCCUCUCCUCUUUCCUCAAAAAUUGUAUUAUCCUUUUUUUUGUGGAAGCAUUGCCUUGGAUGCUGAAUUUGAUGGCUCAAGUCCUCUUUAGAGUCUUUUUCAAGAAUGCGGUACAUCAUCCUCUUAUUAUCCUACCUUAUUUUUUCUUAGAAAUAUACACUGUAUUUUACCAGCAUUAAAAUACUGCUCAUGACGUGAUCCAGAUUGCUCUGUGUAAGUGACCUGUCCUCAUUCUUUACUACUCCAGCAGUCUGCAUGUCCUUUGCAAAUUUAUUGCAAGUGAUUUUUACAGUUUCUUCCAGAUCAUUGAUUUUUAAAAUUGAAUGCAAGGCAAGGUUUGUAGAGAGAGGUGAUAAGUUUUUAUUACAUCAGUGACAUGGGUAGGGGGUGGGGAAAAGCAAACAGACAGGCCAUUGAGUUUGUGUCUCUUUUUUCCUAGAGCCUUUAAAAAAAUUUAAUAAGACGGAAAACAACUAUCCUUCUUGCUGAUUCCUUCUUAAUACUGCAUUUUGAAAUUAGUUUUCUGUCUUCAACAUAACAUUCCAUAUAGAUUUGAUCUAGUAGUAAUAUUUUAAAGAAAAUAACAUGUUCGUCUGGUUUUCAGUAGGUGACUUAGGGUUCUUACAGGUAACACCUCAAUGCAGCUGUCUUUGCAAGCCGAGCUUACUACAUCAAAGAGUAAAAUGCAACCUAUUGUUCAAGACCUAUUCUUCAUGAAGCUGUGUUGAUUGACAUUUUAUAUCUAUCCUUAGACUCAUAUGAGCCAGUUCACUAUAUUGCCCUGAUCACUACUAAGCAAACUAGGCCAUUAAUUGCCCUGAUAGUCCUGCUUCAGAGCAACAGUGUUGUUCUUGUGGUCCUGUGAAAUGUCAUGGCAGUGUUGAGACUUGUUUAACUAAUUGCACAUUUAGGCUCCUACAGCUGGAAGGACUUCUGCUACCAAAUGUAGUUGCUGUUCUUUUAAACAACCACUAUAUAAUCCCUAUUAUGAAGCAUCAGUUGACUUUAAGUUUUAGUAUUUAUUGUUACUUAGUCUUUUUUUUUUUCUUCCCCCUUCUGUAUUGCCAUUUAUUAUUGCCUUUGCAUCUUCUGUUAAGCAAGUUGGUUUAACUGAUAAAAACUGCAGGCUACCAGCAAACGCUGAUCUUAGCUAUACAGUAAAGUCAGUCGUAGGAAAUACAUUUGUACUCAGCUUUUG